CCAAAAGUCAGAUUUAAAGGAAAAAAAAAAUAAAGAAAAGAAAAAAGAAAAAAAGGGGGCUGGUGUACGUUUUCCCUGGGUGAUUGAUGUUUACCCGCUCGACUCUCCUACCCCAUUUUGCGUUUUCAACUUGACUCCUAGUCCUAUCGAUCCCACGAUUAUUUCCCUAUAAAUACCAUUAUAUUAAUCUCUCUUUCUUCCUCACAUACAGAAAGAUGGCGAUUAGCGAUGACGAAGUUGCUAUGGCGACAGUGGCACCAUUGGCACCAGUCACAUUUCAACGACCUGUUCGGAGUGACCUUGAAGAAUUCUUUCCUAAGCCCUACAUGGCUAGAGCUAUGGCUGCACCAGACACGGAGCAUCCCGAUGGCACACCAGAUCACAAAGCUGCUGGCAUGAGUGUCCUCCAGCAACAUGUCGCUUUCUUUGAUCAAAACGACGAUGGCAUUGUUUAUCCUUGGGAGACUUACACCGGGCUUCGAGAUAUUGGGUUGAAUGUAAUCUUCGCUGCAAUCGUGGGAUUAGCUUUCAAUGUAGUAUUUAGUUACCCUACCCGCAAAGGUUCCCUUCCGAAUUUGCUGCUUCCAGUUUACAUAGAAAACGUACACAAAGGCAAGCAUCCAAGUGAUUCGGGAACAUAUGAUACUGAAGGAAGGUAUCUUCCUGUUAACUUCGAGAAUAUGUUUAGCAAAUAUGGAAAAACAUUCCCAGAUAAGCUAACAUUGAAAGAGUUAUGGAAUAUGACAGAAGGAAAUCAGACUUCAUUCGACCUUCUGGGAUGGAUAUUAGAAAAGGUGGAAUGGGCGCUUGUAUACCUUAUAGCUAAAGACGACGAAGGUUGCCUUUCAAAAGAAGCCAUGAGAGGUCUCUUUGAUGGUAGUCUCUUCGAGAAACUUGCCAAAGCGAAUAAAAAGACGGAUUAAAAGCCAUCAUGUCCUUAUGCCAAAUUAAAUAAAAUUGUACUCAGCUACAAAACCGUUGGUAUCAUUAUAUUUAUGCAAUCUACCUAUGUGAAGUGGACAAUUCCUUAUCUAUUCCUUAUUUAUGUAAUUCACUAAUUACAAGACACGAGAUAUUUAAUUUAUUAUUUAAGUAAACUAUCUUUUCUUUGUUGCACUAUUUUAGGAAGAUGAUCAAAUAAUUUAAUCUUAAAUAUUACUAAAAGAGAAACUUUAUGAUAUCAUCUUAAAUAAUCUGGAUCAUUGAUUGUAUUUCAAUCUCAUUUUUUCCACCCUUAGAUCAAAUUGCUGACAUCAUCUUCCCCAUAUGGAAUGUAUUUAAUUCCAAUAAAUGAUUUUCAAUCAUCA